AUGAGCUUAACACGGCUGAUGGUGCGUGUCCCCAGCAGAGUAGGCAUUCUCUCUGAGAGCCACAAAGGUGGGAUGGAACCCCUUGAUGUCGCCCUCUCCUUCGCAGAGACCUCCCCAGACAAAACAAACAAACCCUUGGGUCUGGCGAACUGCAGCGGGGAGCGGAAAUCAGGGAAGAUCAAAGACCCAGCGGUUACCCCCUUCCGGGCCGCGCAGCUUGGCAGCGUGCCCCGACCCCGGGUGUGCACCCACCGGCCCCCGGACGAGGAGAUCCGAGCUGACAACUCGGAGCUGUUGGACACUCGUUGCCGCCAGGAGUGGGCUGGGCCCACACAGGCCCGAGCCGCCGUGUGCAAGCGCAGGGAGAGCCCGGAAGGUGACAGCUUCGCCGUGAGCGCCGCCUGGGCUCGGAGGGGCAUCGAGGAGUGGAUCGGGAGGCAGCGUUGCCCGGGCGGCGUAUCAGGACCCCGACAGCUGCGGUUGGCGGGCACCGUUGGCCGAGCCACCCGGGAGCUCGUGGGUGAAGUUUUCAGAGAAACUCUCAGCGAGGAGGAGGAGGAGGACUUUCGGCUGGAAGUGGCCCUGCCACCUGAGAAGACUGACGGACUGGGCAGUGGAGAUGAGAAGAGGAUGGAGAAGGCCGGUGAAUCUUGCCUGGGCUCCAAGAAGCAGCUGAAGUUCGACGAGCUGCAGUGCGACGUGUCCGUGGAGGAGGACAGCCGGCAGGAGUGGACCUUCACCCUGUACGACUUUGACAACAAUGGCAAGGUCACCCGUGAGGACAUCACCAGCCUGCUGCACACCAUCUAUGAGGUGGUUGACUCCUCUGUUAACCACUCCCCAACGUCAAGCAAGACACUGCGGGUGAAGCUCACCGUGGCUCCCGAUGGGAGCCAGAGCAAGAGGAAUGUCCUUCUCAACCACGCCGACCUGCAGAGUACAAGGCCCAGAGCGGAGACCAAGCCUGCCGAGGAGCUACGAAGCUGGGAGAAGAAGCAGCGAGCCCCCCUUAGGUAUGGCGGGCACGGGUGGAGGCAGCACAUGAGCUCCCCUUCAGUGGCCCAGAAGUCAGAACUGCCCCCCCGCACCUCCAACCCCACUCGAUCUCGCUCCCAUGAGCCGGAAGCCAUCCACGUCCCACACCGAAAGCCCCAAGGCGCGGACCCAGGCUCCUUGCUCUUCCUUGACACCCCAACCGCCAAGGUCUCGGAGCUCCAGCAGCGGCUCCGGGGCACCCAGGACGGGAGCAAGCACUUUGUGAGGUCCCCCAAGGCCCAGGGCAAGAGUGUGGGUGUGGGUCACGUGGCCAGAGGGGCAAGAGGCAAGCCCCCUCUGGGACCCACCGUCCCUGCAGUGUCCCCCUCCACCCACCUGGCCUCCAGCCCGGUCCUCCUCCCCACCCUGGCACCCCUCGGGCACAAGAAGCACAAGCACCGAGCCAAGGAGAGCCAGCAGGGCUGCCGGGGCCUGCAGGCACCGCUGGCCGCGGGUGGCGCCGUCUUGGGGCGGGAGCAGGUGAGGGAGCUGCCCGCUGUGGUGGUGUACGAGAGCCAGGCCGGGCAGGCGGUCCAGAGACACGAGCACCACCACCACCACGAACAUCACCACCAUUAUCACCACUUCUACCAGACAUAG